CGUCUAGGCAUUGUUCAUUCAACCACGCUUCUGAAAGACGAAUUCUUAUGUUUUAUACGUUUUCGUAUAUUUGUGAUUUUUUCGCCUCGACCACCCACCCACCCGUCACCCCAACAUACUCCAUGACAUGAGAAUGAUCUCUGGAAGAACAUUGAGAACACGAUGGAUAAGAUCUCUCAUGAUAUAUUGUGCCCUGAUCUUUAUCUUCGUGACGGUCGACCACAUGCUCUACUCGAGACAGAAGCACCACAGACGAACCCACGCGGCGAAAACCCAUCAUAAGACACAUGACCCCAAGCGGCCUCCCCACACCCCACCUCCACCGCGCCAACGUCCUCGUCCUGAGUUCGACGGGCCGCAGCGGGUCCAGCUUCCUCGCCGAGACCCUGGCUUCGAGGGGUCGAAACGUGUACCUGGUCGAGCCCGUUCGAAGCCUGCCGGAGGCCCAGCGGGAGGACGAGCACGCAGUCCGCGACGAACUACAGGCCUGCUUCCGCUGUGACCUCCGGUGGGAGUUCUUCCACCAGGGGGACAGGCCCUCCUCUUCGAUCCGACACCCGUACACCUUCAAAAAGGACUUCAAGAGCGUCGACUUCGAGAGAAUCAAAGGGUACUGUCACCAGGAGCCCCUCAGGAUCGUCAAGACCAUCAGAACUCGCUUGGCUUGGGUGACGGAGCUCCUGCAGGUGGACCCGAACCUGAAGGUGAUCCACUUGGUGAGGGAUCCUCGGGGUUCUCUGAAAUCGGCGGCGAAGGUCAACUGGCAGAUGGACCCGAAGAAGACUUGUUCGGAGGUCAUGGAGGACCUCCACACUCGCAAAGAAAUGGAGAAAAUUUAUCCGAAUAGGUACCUCUUCGUCAAGUACGAAGAUUUGGCGCGAGAUCCUUUCAAGAAGACAGUCGACAUCUUCCGUUUCUUAAGGGGCAAAUCCGUCCACCUGCCGAAGAGAGUUAAAAAAUACCUUUGGAAACACACCACGAACUGGCACAAAGUUAAAAAACCGUUCGGAACCCAUCGCCCGUCGGAGAAGAUAUACCAGCACUGGCGGAGCACCAUAUCCGAAGCCGAACUGAACACCUACGAAGCCGCCUGCGGGGAUGUCAUUCACGCUUUGGGACACAGGAUUUUCGGGAGCGAGAAAAUGGCGCGAAAUUUGACGUUAUCUUUAGACUAUAAUGUUUAGGUUAUAAUGUUGUUCGGAUUAUG